CUUGACUCAUUGAGCGGCUUGAGCCUGUCACGCUAUAUCGCAAGUACAAUUUCGCAACGUUUAGUCGAUAUGUUGAGAAAAGGCCUAACGAUAAUUGUAGUGUUAUUUGCCGUGUUUACUGGGCUAAUUUGGUAUAAUGUUUAUCUUCCUAUCUCUCCUAAACUCAAGGGUGAUCAAAAAUUGAUACCAUUUCUGUUUAAUUUCAACAACGAACUGAGCCAAAUAUUCGAUGAUAAAUUGGGCAUCGUUCCAAAAUACAAAUGGUUUCGUUGGUUUUUUACAACUCUAUCAACGUCAAGUUUACUUCCAAAACCAGAUCUACAGGCGAAAGGAAUCAACAUCAAAGAUUCAGUUAUUUCUGGCAUACCUGUAAAGAUAUUCCGACCAGAUGAGGCCGAUGGUGAAAGUCAAUAUCGCCCUGGGUUAAUAUUUUUACACGGUGGCGGCUUAGUUUUUGGGAGUGUAAAUUGGACAUGUUAUAUUCAGCAAUGCAUCAUGAUUGCUCAAGGUGUAGUGACUUUUCCAACUUAGGGAUAUAUUUGUCGAUAUUUGGAUGGAAGUGAACAAGCCCUGGUACUCAAUCGAGCUUAAAUGUAAUGCACCUAUCAAUAUUAAUCCGGGGGGGGGGUAAGGUUGCGGGCAAUGGGUGGGGAUUUGACAAAAAAAAUUAAAAAUUGGGUCAAAUGCUCGCUGGUGGGGCAUUCUAAGAUAAUCAAAUGUUUCAAAACAGAUGCACCCAGGACCAGGGGAUAGAUCAAGGCAAAAUAUUUUAACAUUUAAUAUAAAGAGCUGAGCCACAAAAAGUGCCUGGGCGUCGUAAAUGUUAUCCCCCAGAAUCCAGACUAUGUACUGUAUUCAAAUUCCAAAAGGCCAGAAGACAGAAGCGGAAAUAAAAAAUAAAAAGUUUCUGGAAUUCCCGUUUUCUUGAUUCUAGGCUCCAGGCUUUGUACUGAAAUUGCAUGUUGAAUUAUGUCGAAUGGCAAAUCGCCCGCACCCGGGCAAAAAAUAUAUGUCAAAUGCCCGUCUGUGGGGAUAGAAUUCACGAUCAAAUCCCCACACAUUGCCCGCACCCUUACCCCCCGGGAUUAAUAUUGAUAGGUGCAUAAAGCCCAUACUAGCUUUGUUGCCUGAGGCCUCAGUAAGACAGUGCAACAAGGGCUUGUUCACUUUCAUUUAAAUACCCCUAAAACAUAGUUUGAAGUCAUAUAAAGAGGCAUUGUAUUUUCCCACCUGUAGUUGAAAUUUUUUUGUGGUGCAAUAAAAAUCAUAAUACUAAACAAAUAUCUGAUCUGCUGCCAGUUGCUAGGGCCUUGUUUUCAUGAUUGAAACUGAUGUCCAGAUACACGAAAACGAUGCUCCAUAGCCAAAGUGACAUACUUUCCAGAAGGAUGUAUUGCUAUUCACUGCUGUUGGUAAUACAGUAGAUAAUUUAAGGCGUGGCUGACAUCUUGCAUGGUAUUCAAUUUCUUCCAGAUACAAAGUCGGUGGUGAUUUCAGUUGAGUACAGACUGGUUCCCGAGCAUCCCUUCCCAACACAAUUUGAUGACUGUUAUUCUGUUGUGAAUACCAUCGCCAAUGAACCGAGAAAAUUUGGCAUUUUGAACAACAAGAUUGCACUUGCUGGAGACAGUGCAGGCGGGCAGCUGGCCGCUGCGAUUUCCCUUGAAUUUGCAAACCAAAACAGAUCAUCCGAACUUGUUGGCCAAGUAUUGAUCUACCCUUGGCUUCAGUUUAUUGAUGUCUUAUGCCUGCCAUCCUUUCAGAAAUAUAAACAAGGCUUUCAGAUGGACGAAAAGCAGACUGCUUACUUCAUGUCGAUUGCAACCAUGGGUAACAAGGAUAUGAAACCAGAAUAUCUUGCUGGCAAUGUUACACGAUACUUCAUGAGGACACAAUUCUGGCAGUUCCUUGAAAUUCCAGAGACUUCACAUUGUGAAGUUUAUAAAGACAACACCAAUAUAACUUUGCCACCUGAUUUUGUUAGCAAAGUAACAAACCCACGCUUGUCUCCCCUCCUAGCCAAAAGUGUGGAGGGUUCCCCCCCAACCUUGUUAGUGAUACCAGAAUAUGACAUCCUUGCAAGCGAGAGCAUUCUUUAUGCAAAGCGUUUGAAGGAGGCCGGCAUUCCUGUCAUCACAAAAAUGUAUAAAACUGGUCAUGGAUUCCUAUUCCGUCUUUCAAUUCCUUUUAUAAAUACACCAAUAGCAAAACAAAGCAUGGAAGAUAUAGCUAAUUUUUUAAAUUCUGUAUUUUACAAGUGAUCUUAACUUGCUAGCUAGCUCAGGCCUCUGAUUUUUAUUGAAGUGAUUUUAAAAUAAUUUACUGUUGAACCUAGUUUCUAUUAAAUGCAGUCUUACGAAUUUCUUCAUGUUAUAACUAAUUGAUUGAAUGAUAAAUUAAUCCUCUGUGAUUGAUCGGUCCAUUUGCGUCAUUUGAUACACACAGACCAGAUUUGGUAACGUUUAUACUUUAU